AUGCCCAUCUUCUCUACCCUUGGGAUUACUACAAUCCCUGAAAAGCUUCAGUCUCGCUACGGUCUGAUUGAAGGCUGGUCGUUUCCCGACGUGUGCAAGCAGACGAGCGGGAUCAAAGACGACGUGGAUCUUUUGAAACACCACCUGAGCCUUCUCCAGAAAUGGUGGCGUGCGGCAGCAGCCUCUCCUGGGCUCGAGGGACGCAGACGUUUGUGCGAUCAGCUCUUCCAGGGCGGAGAGGACGAGUUUGGUGUCAUGGAGGCGCUCAAGCUCCUGAUGCUAACCUGCGCCGUGGAAUUGCACGACAUCAUGCAGAGGGGCAGAGACGUGCCAAUCUUCUGCUGGCUGCUGUUCUCCCGCUACACCUCCUCGUGCCCGCGCACGUUCCUGGCCAACCACCUGAGCCGGGUUGGCUUCAGUGGAGGCAUGGGGCAGGUGGAGAUGUGUCUUCUGGGUUACACACUGCACCACACCAUCAAGGUGUACCGCCUCUACAUGGCCAAUAUGAAGGAAUUCAUUGUCACUCAUUACCCGGACAAUCACAUUCAGGACUGGCCCUCUGUCUGCCUGGUAACCGAGGAUGGCCGCCAUUAUGACGUGGCUGUUGGCGACCCCGUCUGUCUUCGGGAGGACUUUUCUGGUGGACCUCACUGAUUGGCCAACCAGCAAUUUUGUUGCAGUUUGAUUGUUGACCCAAGUGACCAAGGUCCAAUCAUGGCCAAUUCAGGAUUCACUAUUUUACACCACCCGUGUU